GCAGGCUGGCUGGCAGAGAGCAGCUGACUCCGGAGUUCUUGCUCAUGUGACCACCACAGCUCCCUGUUGUGUUCCUUGUCCCCAGCCAGGGUGGGUACUCUGAGAGGUUCCUUCUGUGAGGAGCACCAGCAAGCAGCACAGUGGGCGUGGAGAGAUUAAUCAGUGACAAGAAACUGCCUCUCUCAGAGCAGUGACUGGGCUGUCCUCAGAGAAGCCUCCAAGAGUCAGCCAGCCCCAGGAGUCUGCCCCACUUACCGCCUGCUGCUCACCCACCUGCUCCUGCCAUGGGACACCUUGGGGCCUUCUUCAUCCUGUUGGGGGCCCUAGGGGCUCUUGCUGAGAUCUGUGUAAUACCAGAGAUGGACAACCAGCUGGUAGAGAAGCUGGGCCAACACCUCUUGCCUUGGAUGGACCAGCUCUCCUUGGAACACCUGAACCCCAGCCUCUAUGUGGGCCUGCGCCUUUCCAGCAUGCAGGCUGGGACCAAGGAGGACCUCUACCUUCACAGCCUCAAGCUUGAUUAUCAGCAGUGCCUCCUGGGGUCUACCUCCAGAAAUUACAACAAUGGUUGCCAAACCAAGCCUUCCAUGGGCCAGCUGGCCCUCUACCUGCUCACUCUCAGAGCUAACUGCGAAUUUGUCGGGAGCCGCAAAGGAGAUAGACUGGUCUCCCAGCUCAAGUGGUUCCUGGAAGAUGAGAAGAGAGCCAUUGGACACGAUCACAAGGGCCACCCCCACACCAGCUACUACCAGUAUGGCCUCAGCAUCCUGGCUCUGUGUGUCCACCAGAAGCGAGUACAUGACAGUGUGGUGGGCAAGCUCCUGUAUGCUGUGGAACACGACCACCACCUCCACCAGGGUCACUUGUCUGUGGACACAGUGGCCAUGGCAGGCUUGGCCCUCACCUGUCUGGAACGCUUCAACUUCAACCCUGAUCUGAGACAACGGAUCACCUUGGCCAUCCAAACAUCAAAGGAGAAGAUCCUGAAGGCCCAGACCCCUGAGGGCUACUUUGGGAAUGUCUACAGCACCCCACUGGCUCUGCAGUUGCUGAUGACCUCCCCUAUGCCCAGGAUGGGGCUAGGCAUAGCAUGCCUCAAAGCAAGGACAGCCCUGUUGGCCUUCCUGAAGGAUGGGGCCUUCCAGAAUGCUCUCAUGAUUUCCCAGCUGCUGCCCGUCCUGAACCACAAGACCUAUAUGGAUCUCAUUUUCCCAGACUGCCAGGCACCUAGAGUUAUGUUGGCUUCAACUCUUGAGAAUCCUUCACCUACCCAUGUCUCAGAGAUGAUCAGUGUCACACUGAAGGUCUCCAGUGUCUUGCCACCAUAUCAACAGGCCAUCUCUGUUCUUGCUGGGUCUUCCUUGAAAGAUGUCCUGGAGAAGGCCCACGAGCUAGGAGGAUUCACGUAUGGAACACAGGCCUCCUUGUCAGGCCCCUACCUGACAACUGUAAUGGGGAAAGCAGUUGGGGACCGAGAGUUUUGGCAGCUCCUCCGAGCCCCUGACACCCCCCUACAGCAAGGCAUUGCUGACUACAGACCCCAGGAUGGAGAAACCAUUGAGCUGAGGCUGGUUAGCUGGUAGUCCCUGGGCUCCCUCAACCCGGCAGCCUCACACACUCCCUUCUAUCUUCCUUCCUGAUAUCCCUGGAAUAGGCAUUUGCCUGACCCUACUGCUACCUCUUGAACACUUGGAGGGAUGUCCUCCAGAUCACCACAGCCACCACCCCUAUAAGGAUCCUAAGCCAUGAUUCAACCCUGAAGUAGGGAGCCAAGUACCUCCUUUGGGAAGUUUGAGUAGUCCCAAUCUGGUCCUGCCUGGCCCACAGGCCUUCCAUAAAGGUGGGCCCAUAUUCUGAAGGACAUACUGCACUCAGACUCCUUGGCAGAAGGAGAAGAAAUCUGCAGGACAUGGGCAUUGUGAGUACUACUGCUCUGGGAUUGGAGGCCCACAAGGAGGCCUCCAGGGCCCAGGGGCUGUGGCCCUGACGCUGACUCUUCACUCUGCUGUCAGGGUGGUGGUCCCAGAGCUGACAAGGCCUUAGCAGGGCUGUUUAAUGCCCACCUUGAAAUGAUUAAAGUUUUGAUUGAGUAUG